CGCAGGAAGUGACGUCACCGUGUUUUGAAUCGUGUGGGCCAACAACAAGCGGCGCGGACCGAGGAGCCUGUAACCCCCACUGACCACCAGCACUUCACCCCCCCGCUGCCUCUGGGGGAAACGUUGAGCUUCAUGUCUCCAUAAUAUUCUGCACACUCCUCUCCUGCACGGUGGGACAGCGCAAUGGACCUCCACAAAAUCAUCCACGGCGCCAUGCAGGAAUUUAUCCAGGCGUACAUUCCCGAUGCAGAUCUCAGCACACUGGAUGAUGUUCUCUUGUCCUACAUCACCGGCGUCCUGGAGGACCUCGGCUCCCAGCAGAGUGUGGAGGAGAACUUUGACGUGGAGGUCUUCGCGGAGAUGCUGGAAGCUUACAUACCUGGUUUUGCUGAAAUUGAGAGUGUUAAAGUCUGUGAAAUGAUGUUCAGCCUGGCUUCAAAACUAGCCUCUGCUCGGACCUCAGCUGAUGAAGACAACGGUGUGCCUAAACCAAGUACGAAAGACAUUUCAUUGAAACUCGCCACCCUGCCCAAUGAGCCUCCACCAGGAAGAGAAGCACAGUGCAGAGAAACACCAACAGAGGGCGCCACUGCCAAGCUACCUGUGUCCGAAUGGGAAGCCCAGGAGCAACACCUGCUAGAGAUGUUUCCCAAGUGUAGUCUGUCCGAGGCUCGUAGCGCCCUGUCUAUUGCCAAAGGAGACAUGGAGGAAGCUGUGCGCCUAAUCAUAGAAGGCGAUGUCCAACUCAGCCCCACUCCUCUUAAUGUAAAUCAUGGGAAAAGUGUUUCCCCCGUGGCAGACCAGAAACUUAAAGAGAGCAUCCUUGAGAAGUACAUGCUGGUGGACAGAGACGAGGACAAAAAAACACACCGGCCUGUCCCCCCCAAAGAUGCUCCGAAGAAGCUGGUGCGCUACCACGGCAACCAGGUGGUGACCACAAAAGGUGAGCGGUAUCAACUCGUGAAGACAAACGAGACGGAGGACAUGAAGAAGACCUAUGUCAAUCUCAAGCCCGCACGGAAGUACAGAUUCCAUUGAUGAUGAGCACAGCACUGUAAGAGCACCUACUGACAAUAUUGUUUACACUGUUAUUGAGUUAUUAAUAAGUCAUUUAGGCUGAAUCUCGUUAGAUUUCCUUUCCCCCAGUGGUGUCAGUGGCUUAUUUUUGUAGAUAUGUGACCGUUAUAUGCCUUGGUUACAUUAUGACAUUACAGUUUUUCAGUUUGAGUCACUGUUUAUUUACUCGAGGAACCUUUUGAAAUGUUGUUUGAUAUUUUGGUGUGGACGUUGUAGCUUGUGCUCUAGUUUGUGUGACGACCUUGACUAUCUACAUUCUGCCAUCUCAGCAGGUGUGAUGUUGCACUGACGUCAUUGUCCCUCUUUUUAAACACUUCAUUUUCUUAUUUUUAUUUAAUUGUAUUUGUACAAUAUAGAUUAAUUUGUAUGACAAAGUAAUAGACGUGAAUCUUUUUUCAUUUCUGUAAAUAUGCUCUAGCGAUACUGUCAAAUUUCUCCUGGAUAUUACAAGUAUCGGCUGUUUUUUAUGUACGUAAUAAAUCAUCAAUGCCAGUUAUGUUUAAAAUUCUAUUUUUACAUCAUGCAAGUGUAGCGCUGUUAAAGUGUUAGGUCAGGCCUUGUCCUUGGACAAUUUGUUGUGCUACAAAAUGGUUUUCAGAUCGAACUUUUAUCGGAGGCAUAGAUUUAUUUGUUUUAUCUAAAUGGACAAUUGUACAGCGGGUAGCCGCAGCCGUCGUCACCUGAGGGGUCUGAUAUGUCAGGACUUGACAUUGAAGUUCCCUCGUUAAGCGGUAUCUUUAUUUUUGAUAGACUGUUCAAUUAGCAAAAGCUAACAUCAUGCGUUUGUAUACAUAGUUAUUUGAGGCGCGAUUGUGUGCUUUCAGGGUCCGUUUACUGUACAUGAGGUUACCGAAGUUGUCCUCCGGCUCAUUUCAUCUCAUCCGUGUUCUGUGGAUUUUGCUUCGCUCGUGAUUGUUUGGUUGUGGAGUUUUUGAAUUAUGAUGGGGUUCUUAUUUCUAGUUAACAGCAUAUCAGGAUAAAUGGGUUGUUCAGGUUUCUUUUCCACCAAGACAUGCCAGUUGUUGGUUUGUGUUCCCCUCCAUUUUGAGUCAACUAUAAGCAAUUGUUUUUGAUGGGCGGUAUAAUAUAUAUUUCCUGAGUAUUGAUGUAACACAGUCGAGUGUUAAAAAGAUGUGUUGCUACUAAUACUUGUCAUAACCAGCAGCAACGUUGUCUUUAAUCACUGUAUGAUUGUAACUGUAGAGCAUGGAAUGGGUUUACUGAAGCCGUCACAGCAGAGUUAUAACCCCUCGCUUUGAGAAACUGCUGAUUUAUAGUAAAUAAAUACGACUUUCUUUUGUAGACUUCCA